AUGAAUGGGUCUUUGGAGUAUCAAUUUGUCUUCUUCCUUCGCACGCACGUCCCAAAGUUGAGAGAAAAAUUCACCAGAACAAUGGAGAACUGCGAGAAGAAGAAAAGGAGAAGACUCUGCCAGAAGAAUAAGGAAAAUGAAGUGGAGAAACAUGGACUCAGUGAUUUGCCAGUUGAAUUGAUCUUUAAAAUAUUCUCGAUGCUUCCGUUGUUUGAUGAGACUUUAGCAAGACGUUUCAUAUCAGAAUACUGGGAGGGUCCUAGGAUACUGGAGCCGAAUGUCAUGUUUAGUGAUGAAUCGACCAUGAGUUUUAGGAAUUUCAUGAGUUUUGUAUAUGGAUCGUUGAUGUCGUCUAACGAUGCUCCAACUCUAGAGAGGUUGCAUCUCAAUCUUGGAAAGCUUAGACGAAACUAUUCGGCUACAGAAAUCAACUUCUGUGUUCAAGUCGCUGUUAAUAGGUCUGUGAGAGAGCUGAGGAUCGACUUGUCUGGCAAAACCCUAUAUUUGCCGUGUUGCUUGAUUACUUGCAGAACCCUAAAAGAAUUGGUACUCCAUAAUUUGAUUAUCAAGGUUGUCCCGCGUUGGUUUCGUUUGCCCUCACUCAAAACUCUGAAACUUUCAUCUGUUCCGGCAGUGGGUAAAUCUGUUCGAAGUCUUUUAAAGAUUUGCCCUGUUCUUGAAAAUUUGGUUGUAAACAAGAAAGAAGAUGACAAUGUGAUGAUAUACACUAUCGAUGUGCCUACUUUGAGGAGCUUGUCUAUCAUAAACAGGGAAAGGACAAAGCGCACCAACGCUGGAGAGAGUCGUGGCUUUUUGAUAAAUGCUCCUUCUUUGACGUAUUUGAAUAUCAAGGAUGCAUUCAGCAACUUUAUAAUGUUUGAACCUAUGCCUGAGGUGAUCAAAGCGAAUAUGAAGGUUAUAUGUGACCAAUCUGAGAAGUUCAUAGGGUGUCGUCUUACCUCAAUCAAACAUCUUUCUCUUUGUUCUCUGACUUCAACGACUCCAUAUCCUAUAGGCACAAAACUAUCCUCUCUUCGACAUCCACAGUUAUGUACAUGUUCUGCUGGAUGGCAGAAUCUACUUGCUUGUAUGCUCAAUGACGCUCCCAAACUUCGAUCUCUUACUCUUAAGUUGAAACAUGAAGUCAAUAAGGACUAUCCGAAAAACCUUUGGAAAAACCCAACAAUUGUUCCUGAAUGUUUAACGACGCAUUUUAAGAUUUUGAAAUGGAGAGGAUACGCAGGCACCAAGCAUGAGAGGAAUAUGGUUAGGUACAUACUAGCAAACGCUCCUUGUCUAAAGAAGACGACGUUCUCUACAAAAUGUAGAAACCAAUGUGAUACCAGGUUCAGGGAGAUAACGUCUAUGCACAGAGUUUCAGAGAAAUGUCAGUUUGUGUUUGACUAA